AUGUCAGACCGUCCAUCUUCCAAACGACAUGCAUUCUUCGAACCGAACUUGGAAAUCUCCCCACAGGACAUCGAAUAUUUCGCCUCCCUCCCAUUUGCUUCGUCCUAUCUAAACAGCGCACUCUACGAGCCGGUUCCAUUCAUUACUCGAUAUAAUACAAAAGGCACCUCCAAUAAGUUCUUCAGUAAAGUGAUCAACACCGCCGAUACAAUCCCACACUUGCUGGCCCUAGUUCGAGUACCAGACUCCAAACAAAAUCAGAUUCCAAAUGAACGUGACGAUGCACGCCCAGACUUUGUGGUUUUCGUUUCUCUAGGCCCCGACCUGUGUGGAUUCCAAGAUACAGCCCACGGUGGAGUCUUGGCUGCCCUGCUCGACGAAGCUCUAGGCUUGUGUGCCGAAGCCACAGAGCUAGUGUCAAAAGGUGAUACGCGGUUAUAUACCGCUGGUCUUGAGAUUUCGUAUCGCUCCCCUGUAUAUGCACCGAGCGUCGCUAUGAUUAAAACUUGGGUCACAAAGAGGCAGGGCAGAAAGUGGUUCUUGGAAGCGCAGGUUCUUGAUCAAGAUGGCGUGGUAAAGGUAGAGGCUAAGACAUUGUAUAUUAGCUCCAGAGCUGCUGCUGCAUUAUAG